AUGUCUAUGUUUGAUAUAUUAGGAGAUAAAUUCAAUUUAAACUACGAUAAUUUUGAAAUGGAAAAUAAUGAUUAUUAUUAUAACGAAGUAGUUGAUGAUGAUUAUUUAAAUCAAUUAAAUGAUCAAAAUCAAAGACAACAAUUAAAUCAAUUCCAACAAACUCAAGUCUCAAAUUCAAAUCAAACCAAUCAAAAUUAUUAUCCAACACCGCAAACAGCCACUACAGCCACCACCAGUCAAAUGAUUCCUGAACAAUAUCAAUAUUCAACCCCUCAAUAUUCUACUAAUAAUUUCAACCCACCAACAAAUAAUAACUAUUAUAAUUAUAAUUAUGACGAAUAUAAUAUGGUUAAUAAUGAAGAGUUACAAGUUAAUAAUUAUUUUGAAGAUAAAAACUUUACUCAAUAUUAUUUACAAUCAGCUAAUGUUGAUUUAUCAAAUUAUUCAACACCCAACAUUACACCUCAUUAUAGUCCAAGUUUUGAUGAUGAUCAAAGGAGACCAUCGACCAAUUCUUUUCAAUCAUUACCGGUACAGAAUAUGAGCUCAUCAUCAAUACCAUUAACUAAUUCAAUGGUUAGUGGGAUGAAUCAUCCAUUAUCAAUCAACAAUUCAAUGAAUUCAUUACCAGUACAACACAAUAUGAUGAAUAAUUCCAUGACCAAUAUGAGUCCAAUUUCCAACAUUCAUCCAUCAGGUUCCAUAUCAGCUCCAUUAUCUCAUUCAACCUCAUUAAAUGCUAUGAAUGAUUUACCCCCAAGUAUAAUUAACAAUUCACCACCUCCAACAUCACCAGUUUCAAGAAAGAAAGACGAUAAUAAAAUCAUCACAUCUAAUAAAUCCAAUUUCAGAAUUGUCAGAGGUGUAGCAGCUGGAGGAUCAAGUGCCAGACCUCCAAAAGAAUCAGCUACUUCAAAAUCAACAUAUAUUCCAAUUAAAUUAAAUAUCAGCGGUGGUACUUUAGAAGAUAUUGUUAAACCAACUUGGUCAAAAAGUGAAUCAGAAGAUCAAAGAAGAAUUGUCAGAAUUGAAAGAUUUCAAAAAAAUGAACAAAUUUUCAUAAAUUUUUCCAUCAUUGGUAGUGCCAAUGAAAACCCUACACCAUUACCACCAAUGGCUAAUUCAAAUAUCGAUAUUAUUGAAGUUAGUUGUUUACAAUGUUCCAAGAAAUUAUCAGAAGAAAUCGAUUUACCAUCACCAAUAAAUGAAGAGCAUGAUCUGGAUCAAGAUGAUUUUCAAGAUGGUAAAAAAUAUGAUUUUGAUUAUUAUAUUACAUCAGUUGAAGUUAUUGAAAUUGUUGAAUUAUUAAUUGGUACAUAUUCUGAAGAACCAAGUGAAAGAAGAAAAGAAAGAGGAAGAGUUAGAAGUAACUUGGUCCCAUUCUGGUCUAAGAAACCAAUUAGUUCAAGAUUAGAUAACAAUUUAAUCAAUCAACCAGAUUUUAAAAUUGAAUUGGCUAAAAGAAUUAUGAGUUAUGAAAUUAGAAAACCAAGAGGAUUUGAUAAAGAAGUUAGAAUUUUAAAGUGGGAAAAAUUAUUACCUGCUUUAAAAAGGGCUUUACAAAGUUAUUAUUGUGAAAUUCCUCCAACUGUGUAG